AUGUUCUGUUUAAGGAGCUGGCUCCCCCUCCUCUUCAUCCCAACCAACGCCUCGCCGGCCUUCAUCUUCCUCUUCUUCAUCUGCACCUAUUUCCUCAACAGGCCCUGCGUCUACUGCAGCUUUCUGCUGUUGAUCCUCUUCCUCACCUCGUGCAACUGGUCCGACCGCUGCUUUUUCGACUUUAGCAGUAACUGGUUCCAACCCCGCCCGCCCUCUUCUCUUCCGCUCCCCGAGCUCGAUCCGAACACCAGCUUCAACGCCUCCGUGGUGGAAGUCAUCAACUCCACAGCCAGCGCCCUUGCCGGAGCCGCGGCAGAAGAAUUCGCGCGGCAGAGACAGGAGUGGACGGGGUUGGGCAUCGAGUGGUUGCGUAGUCUGCUGGGCCGGAGGGAAUGGCGGGUUGACUGCCUAGACAUCAACAUCCGCUUGUAG